UGUAAGCUUGUUUUCUGUCAUCUCUUUCUAACCUUAAAAAGUGGAAUCUUUCAUUUCAUGUUGGGUGAUUUGUGACUCCCUACCAUUUGGUUCUUUGAUAUCGUUGGUAAAGUUGGGUGUAACUGUUUUGGGUUGUGUCAUGUAGCAAUGGAAAACUUUAUUAUUUAUUUAGUUUUGUUUAUUUGUGUUCAAAAAAUAUCGGCAGAAUUUUACAAUGAGUAUGAGUGUAAUCAGCCUUUAUUAUACAAAGCAAGUCUUAAGGCCACAUCGUCUAUGGUAGAAAGAGGACCAGAAAAUGCUGUACUGUAUGGUGGUAAUGCAUGGAGCGCCCAGGAAAGCGAUUUUGACCAGCAGCUGAUCAUUGAUCUGGGCCAAGUAAUGAACGUAACUAGAAUAUGGACGCAGGGUAGACAUCACAGUUCCGAAUACGUGAUGGAAUACACUGUUAGUUACGGCACUAACAACCUGGACUACGCCGACUACAAAGAGUCUGGCGGUAACACGUUGCUUACUUUAACAAUCGUUUUUGCUGUUAAACAUAUAAAAAUAAGGGAACAAUUCAGUGGAUCGGCAUGGAGUCCCCAAGAAAGUACCUAUUUUCAUUUCUUAACGGUGAGCCUGGGUGGCCGGUUCGAAGUUCGGUCGAUCGCCACCCAAGGCCGUAGCGGCACCAGAGAAUUUGUCACAGAAUACGUGGUGCAAUUCUCUGAUGACGGUGAAGGAUGGAGGAGUUUUUCUGAUGCUAACGGCGAAACAGAGAUGUUUAGGGGUAACGUUGAUGGUGAUUCCGUGGUGAAAAACGAAUUUGAAGUGCCCAUCAUUGCUCAAUGGAUUAGAAUAAAUCCCACCAGAUGGCGCGACCGUAUCUCUAUGCGUGUUGAACUAUUUGGCUGUGAAUACGAGGCCGACAAUAUGUACUUUAAUGGUACAAGUUUAUUAAGAUUAGAUUUGCUAAGAGAUCCAGUUUCAGCAUCUAGAGAAAGCAUAAGGUUUAGAUUUAAGACCACAGCGCCCAAUGGAGUGCUUUUGUACAGUAGGGGCACUCAGGGCGAUUACAUUGCUUUGCAACUCAGGGAAAAUAGAAUGCUUUUGAAUAUCGAUUUGGGUUCUGGUAUCGUAACAAGUUUAUGCGUGGGAAGUUUAUUAGAUGACAAUAUUUGGCACGACGUCGUUAUAUCAAGAAACAGACGUGACAUCUUAUUUUCAGUGGAUAGAUUUUAUGUUGGUGGAGUCCCUAAUAUGCAGGAGGGCCUGGUGGUCGUCCAGAAUUAUACAGGGUGCAUGGAAAACUUAUACCUAAACUCUACAAAUUUAAUAAAAGAAGUUAAACAGGCUUUUGAGUAUGGAGAAUCUUGGAAAUACGAGAAAAUAAACACUCUUUGGAGUUGUCCUGAACCACCUAUAAUUCCGGUUACAUUUUUAACGAGUCGAUCGCACGCUAAACUUAACGGCUACGAAGGAAUGCAAUCCAUGAACACUUCGUUUGCUUUUAGAACUUACGAGGACAAGGGUUUGAUGAUGUAUCACGCUUUUUCGUCGACCGGAUAUGUUGCGAUAUUUUUGGAGAGCGGUAAAAUAAAGGUCGAACUACAAACGCAAAAUAGCCCUAAAGUUAUAAUAGAUAAUUACGAAGAAAAAUUUAACGACGGCAGAUGGCAUUCCGUCGUUCUCACCAUUUCCACCAAUAGCCUUGUUCUAAGCGUCGACUAUCGACCAAUGAAAACGUCACGUCUCCUCAAAAUCGUAACAGGCGGUAAAUACUUUAUCGCAGGAGGCAUAACCGCAGCUUUGGGUCUCACAGCCAACUCCGGUCUACUCAUGCCCGGUUUUAUCGGGUGCAUGCGCACCAUCGGUAUUGACGGUAACUUUAAAUUGCCCACCGAUUGGACCAGAGACGAGUACUGUUGCCCCGACGAGGUCGUGUUUGACUCCUGUCGAAUGUCGGACAGAUGCAAUCCAAACCCCUGCCAACAUAACGGCGUUUGCAAGCAAAAUUCCAUGGAGUUUAUGUGCGAUUGUAAGGGGACUGGGUAUGGGGGCGCUGUGUGCCACACGUCCGUGCAUAGUUUGUCUUGUGAAGCCUACAAAAACGUUCAAGCUGUCGGACAGAGGGCCGAGAUUAAGAUCGAUGUCGAUGGUAGCGGGCCUUUGCCUCCUUUUCCGGUCACUUGUCACUUCUUUGCCGAUGGUAGAGUGGAAACGGUUAUUCACCAUAUUAACCAAGAAACUACCUCCGUUGACGGUUUUCAAGAGCCGGGCAGCUUCCAGCAAGAUAUUCAUUAUGAAGCUGAUGAUGAUCAAAUUGGCGCUCUAAUAAACAGAUCAUCAACGUGCAGACAACAUAUCCAAUACGCAUGUAAAAACGCCCGUCUUCUUAACUCGCCCUCCGAAGAAGGUAACUUUAGACCUUUCUCAUGGUGGGUUUCGCGACACAACCAGAAGAUGGACUACUGGGGUGGCGCUUUGCCAGGCUCCAGGAAGUGCGAGUGUGGAAUUUUGGGAACAUGUAAAGAUCCCACCAAAUGGUGUAACUGCGAUUCAGUAAGAGAUGAGUGGCAAGUCGAUAUGGGUUUUAUUCAAGAGAAAGAAAACUUGCCAGUAAAACAACUACGUUUCGGGGAUACAGGCAGCGCACUGGACGAAAGAGAAGGCCGUUACACUUUGGGCCCGCUAAUUUGCGAAGGAGACGAUCUAUUUAACAACGUUGUCACCUUCCGUAUUUCGGACGCAACAAUUAACUUGCCCACCUUCGAUUUCGGUCACAGCGGCGACAUAUACUUCGAAUUCAGAACCGCUGUCGAAAACGCCGUCAUAUUUCACGCGGUCGGACCUCAAGACUACAUAAAACUGAGUAUAGUCAGUGGCAAUCAGCUGCAAUUCCAAUACCAAGCAGGCUCUGGUCCGAUGGCAGUCAUAUCCGAAACCAACUACAGGCUCGCUGACGAUCGUUGGCAUUCGGUAUCCGUCGAGCGUAACAGAAAGGAGGCCAUGAUAAUAGUCGACGGUGCUGCCAAAGCUGAAGUGAGAGAACCUCCAGGUCCUGUACGAGCUUUGCACUUAACCGAGUUUGUUAUUGGAGCUUCUAUUGACUUCAGGGACGGGUAUACCGGCUGUGUGAGAGCGUUAUUGAUCAACGGUCAACAUAUCGAUUUAAGAAGGUACGCCAGAAAUAAUUUGUACGGUAUUUCCGAAGGCUGCGUGGGCAAAUGCGUAAGCAAUCCUUGCUUAAAUAACGGAACUUGUCACGAGAGAUACGACGGAUACUGGUGCGAUUGCAGAUGGACCGCUUUCAAGGGUAUAAUCUGCGCAGACGAAAUCGGCGUAAAUAUGCGUCAAAGUUCGCUGAUUAAAUACGAUUUUGAUGGGUCUUGGAGGUCGACUAUUGCCGAACAUAUCAGAGUCGGUUUUACAACAACAAACCCCAAAGGUUUUCUACUUGGUUUCUCUUCCAACAUAUCCGGCGAAUACCUCACGAUCAUGGUGUCGAACUCCGGUCAUCUUCGAGUAGUUUUCGAUUUCGGUUUCGAGCGACAAGAAGUCAUCUACCCCGAAAAACACUUCGGCUUGGGUCAGUACCACGAUUUGACGUUAUCGAGAAAGAAUUCCGGUUCGACGCUAGUCAUGAAAGUGGAUAGCUACGAGCCUAAAGAGUUUCACUUUAAUAUCAAAGCUUCUGCGGAUGCGCAGUUCAACAAUAUUCAGUACAUGUUUAUAGGAAGAAAUGAAAGUAUGCAUGAAGGAUUUGUGGGUUGUAUAUCAAGGGUGGAAUUCGAUGAUAUUUAUCCCUUAAAGCUGUUAUUCCAACAAGAAGGACCAGGAAAUGUUAAGUCAUUAGGAACUGCGUUAACUGAAGAUUAUUGUGGUGUGGAACCUAUUACUCACCCGCCUAACAUUAUUGAAACCCGACCAGCUCCGAUAUUGGAUGAAGAUUUGUUAAAGAAAGCAUAUAAUCAAACGGACUCGGCUAUUCUUGGCAGUGUCCUUGCCAUAAUUUUCUUAGCCCUCGUUAUUUUGGGUAUAUUUAUUGGUAGAUACCUUCACAGACAUAAAGGUGAAUAUUUAACACAAGAGGACGCAGGCGCAGAUUCUGCUGUAGAUCCAGACACGGCCGUUGUGCAUGGUACAACAGGUCAUCACGUACAGAAGAAAAAAGAGUGGUUUAUUUAAUAGAUUACAAAGAUCAUUGUGUAAAUUAGGCCUAAAGUACAACCUAGUUUGUUUUAAGUUAUUUUAAGUACUUUAAAACGGGGUCUCAUUUUUUGAGUUGAGACUUACUAAAUUUAAUUUUUGUGUUUAUUUCAUCAUAAUAUGUAAAUUGCAUACUUACUUUGUUUUAUUUUAAAGUAUUAUUUUUCCGUCCAUUUUAGUUACAUAAUUUAUUUUAUUUUUUAUUGUAUAUAUUUUACACUGCAACGAUCUUCCAAAUUAAGAGAUUUUAUUUAAGUGCCUUCUUCUGGCUACUUAGUAUUUAAGUUGUAUCUAUAACUAUAACUUACACCAUUAGACUUUAGCACUGUACUUUUUUACAAAUAAAUGUUAAGAAAUUUUUAAACAAUUCA